AGUUGAGCGGGAGGAUCGACUCCGCCCUCGUGGGGGGAAGGGGGUGGUUCCACACCCGGCAGCGGCGGGUGUUGCUGCGGAGCCAUGGCGGCUUGUUCCUUUCGGAGGAGCAUCGCCUCUCAGCUUUCAAGAGUUUUGGACCUGCCGCCAGAACAUUUGAUUAAGUCAAUAUCUGCAGUUCCUGUCUCCAAAAACCGGCAGGUUGCUGAUUUCCAGCUCUCUGUGGAUUCUGUGACAGGGAACAGAUCUAGCAGUCACUCAAAGGCAGAUCUUCAGCUUCAAGCACAGAAGUUAGCAGAGAAGCUAAACUGUGAUACAAUAGUGAGUGAAAUCAGCACUGGUCCAGGCACAGUGAACUUCAAAAUAAACAGAGAAUUAUUAGCAAGGACAGUGUUGCAGCAUGUGCUUAAUGAUGACUCAGAAUAUGGAAUAAGAAGUGAACUCUUCUCUGCACUGCCCAAAAGAAAGAUAGUGGUUGAAUUUAGUUCACCCAAUAUUGCCAAGAAGUUUCACGUAGGACACUUGCGGUCCACAAUAAUAGGGAAUUUCAUAGCAAACCUCAAAGAAGCUCUUGGACAUCAAGUAACCAGAAUAAAUUACCUUGGUGACUGGGGCAUGCAGUUUGGCUUACUGGGAGCUGGUUUCCAACAGUUUGGCAGUGAAGAAAAGCUAAAAUCCACUCCUUUACAGCACCUCUUUGAGGUCUAUGUACAGGCUAACAAAGCAGCAGAAGAUGAAAAUGGAAAGAAGAUGGCACAAGAUUUCUUUAAAAAACUGGAGGCAUGUGAGACACAAGAGCUGUCACUGUGGCAGCAUUUUAGAAACUUCAGUAUUGAAGAGUAUGUCCGUAUUUACAAGCGUCUAGGGGUGCGUUUUGAUGAAUAUUCCGGAGAAUCAUUUUAUCAUGAGAAGUCCCAGGAAGUGCUGAAGAUGUUGGAUAAAAAAGGACUCCUUCAGAAAACGGGGGAAGGAACAGGAAUAGUAGAUCUUUCUGAAAAGGGAGACCUUUCAUCAUGUUCUGCUGUGGCACGCAGUGAUGGGACAUCCCUUUAUAUAACAAGAGAUCUUGCUGCUGCUAUAGACAGAAUGAACACGUAUAAUUUUGAUACUAUGAUUUAUGUGACAGAUAAAAGUCAAAGCUCCCACUUUCAGAAACUGUUCCAGAUACUGAAGCUCAUGGACUGUGAAUGGGCCGAGAGGUGUCAGCAUGUGCCUUUUGGGCUAGUACAAGGCAUGAAGACUCGAAGAGGAGAGGUGGUUUUCCUGGAAGAUGUUUUGGAUGAAGCCCGCACAAGGAUGUUACAAAACAUGGCUUCUGCAAAAUCAACUAAAGAACUGGAAAACCCUCUUGAGACUGCAGAAACGAUUGGGCUUGCAGCACUCAUCAUUCAGGAUUUCAAGGGCCGUCUCUCAUCUGAUUAUCAGUUUAGCUGGGAUCGGGUUCUCCAGAGUCGAGGAGACACAGGUGUGUUCCUGCAGUACACACAUGCCAGACUCCACAGUUUAGAGCAGAUGUGCGGAAAUGGGCAACUUGCUGACAUUAAUGCCGCAUGUUUACAAGAUCCACAAGCCCUAUCAAUCCUUCAGCAUCUUCUCAGAAUCCACAAUGAGCACUGGGAGAUAACACAAUCUAAAAGCAAAGCUUGCUUCUAAAGUACUGUCAUCUUUGCUUUGGAGCAGCUGUGGUGAGCCCUGAAAUCUGCAAUAUUGAGGAGAUUUGUGAAGCAGCACCAACAGAAUAAAUGAACAAGGUAGAAAAAUGAGUUGGGUAUAAUAUUUCACAGACCAGUUUUAAAAUGGUGCUUGUGUUUGGCAUUGGUGCUGAUCCCAGCUGUUGUAGUGACUGUGAGAGCACUGGUGUCAGUAUAUCUACCUAUCCAAGGCCCUGGAGCCUGCCGUCGAUGGUCAGCUUCCUUUAGGACAGCGUCUUCUCCAGAACCGAGUCGCCUGCUUGUUCUUCUGUCUCAGUAGGUAGGUGCUGGAUGAAGGCACCAUUGAGGGUCACACUUCACUGACUUUUACCCCUUUCUGGCAGACUUGUGUGAUCCCCCAGUAUCUUUUGGCUGCCCAAUCCAGAGGUCGCUAUCCCACAUAGGUCUUGAGUAGUGCCUGACAGCUAUUAGUCACAGGGGUCUUGCCUGCCAGUAGUGCAGUUUUGGGAGUUAGUUUGUGAUUUUUGAUUAAUUAAUAAUGGUAUUGUUAAGGGUUGCAGGAUUAGUCAAUCAGGUGGGUGCUCAGUCCCAGAAAUCAGUUCCUUGGGUUAGUUAGCCUAAAAUGGCUUGUAGAGUAGAAUUUUGUAAUGGUAAGUACCUCUGGCUAGGCUAUGGUCAUUUAAUACACUCAUCAUACUGAUCAUCAGACACUCACAUUCACUCAAGGGGGACCAGCCCAAUAUAGCAGAUUUUAUCACUUUACAAUUGCAACUUCAAUGCAGUUUUUAAUAAUGGUCCAGGGUGUAACUUCACUCUACAGGGAAUACAUUCCUUAAGGGUUUAAAAGUAUAAAAUACAAAAUGCCAUGGUAAAGAUGAGACAGAUGAAAUAUAAAAAUGCACUGUGAGAAAUAUAUAAAAAUGCAAUGUGAGGUAGUGAGGCUCAAAGGCUACUGGGGACAGUAAGUGAGUUAGGUUAGCACAGGAUAUUUUUACAGUCUUUGAAGUGGAUAUUUUAGUUCUUUUGUUUUCUUUAGUGACACUGAGCUUAAUUGAUAUGUAGAUGUAGCUUCUAGGUUUCUCCUACAGAAAGCCACUUCAGCUUUCUGGCUUGCUCUGAGCCUUGCCAUACCCAUGCAAUGAGUGUGCUAGGUCUCUGCCAAUACUUAGAAGGAAAAAGAAAUGCACAAAAUGGGGGUGGGGGGGAGAUGCAGGCAAGAAGUGGCUUCUGUUAUUUCAAUGUCCAGAAGGGAAAUGUGGAAAGAGGGCUUUCUGCUACACUGUCAUCUAUUUCCUUGUAGUUGCAGGCUGCUCCCUGAACUGUCCUCUACCUCUUCU